AUGCUGGGCGCCCGGGGCGGGUGGUGGGCCCUGCGCCGCUGCGCCUCCCUGCCGCGGGCCGUGCGGCUGCGGGUGCGCGAGGCGCUGGGGGCGCGGGAGCCGGCGGAGGCGGUCAGAGUGCAGGGCUGGGUUCGCUCUGUCCGAUCCCAGAAGGAAGUAUUGUUCCUGCACAUAAAUGAUGGGAGUUCUCUGGAAAGCCUCCAGGUGGUUGCUGAUCCCAGCCUGGAAAAGAGAGACCUGACUUUUGGAAGCGCAGUGGAAGUGCAAGGGAAGCUUGUCAAAAGUCCUCAUAAGAUGCAAAACAUGGAGCUGCAAGCUGAAACCAUUCAUGUGGUGGGACCUUGUGAUAUUUGGUCAUUUCCCCUGAAAAUGAGGGAGAGGCACCCACUGGAGUAUGUCCGACAGUUCCCUCACCUGCGCUGCAGGAACAACACGCUGGGCGCCCUGCUGCGAAUCCGCAGUGAAGCCACUGCCAGCAUCCACUCCUUCUUCCAGGAUAAUGGAUAUGUGCAUAUUCAUACCCCCAUAAUUACAUCCAAUGACUGUGAAGGUGCUGGGGAACUCUUUCAAAUUGAGACAUCAAGAGAGGAAAAGGAGUCAGUGGAAAAGAGCCAUUUCUUCAAUGUGCCUGCCUUCCUGACAGUUUCUGGCCAGCUCCAUUUGGAAGUAAUGGCAGGGGCUUUUACUCACGUGUUCACCUUUGGCCCGACGUUCCGAGCGGAAAACUCGCAGAGUCGCCGGCAUCUGGCGGAGUUCUACAUGGUGGAGGCUGAGCUGUCCUUCACUGAAAGCCUUCAGGACAUCAUGCAGGUUAUGGAAGAUCUUUUCAAGACAGUGACAAGCACUGUGCUCUCCAAAUGUCCUCGUGAUGUUGAGCUUUUUCAUAAAUACAUAGCUCCUGCACAGAAGGGCAGGUUGGAAGAAAUGCUGAAGCACAAAUUUAUGAUAAUUUCCUACAGUGAAGCAGUGGAAAUUUUGAAGCAAGCUCCUCAAACUUUCACUUUCAAGCCAGAGUGGGGCUGUGACCUCCAAACAGAACAUGAGAAGUACCUGGUGAAGCACUGUGGAGAGGUUCCUGUGUUUGUGGUGAACUACCCAUACGACCUCAAACCUUUCUACAUGCGGGACAAUGAAGAUGGACCUCAACACACAGUUGCAGCUGUUGAUCUCCUUGUACCAGGAGUAGGGGAGUUGUGUGGAGGCAGCUUGAGAGAGGAGCGCCUGCCCUUCCUCGAAUCACGCUUACAGAGAUUAGGACUCACAGAUGCCUAUCAAUGGUAUCUAGACCUCCGAAAAUUUGGAUCAGUUCCUCAUGGAGGCUUCGGGAUGGGGUUUGAACGCUACCUGCAGUACAUCUUGGGAGUUGACAAUAUCAAAGAUGUUAUUCCUUUCCCCAGGUUUUCUCACUCCUGUCUCCUGUAGCUCAGCAGUUGACUCAAGUGGAGAAACCACUGGUGUAACUGUGUGUAUAUAACGUACUAGGAUAUGACUGAGUGUGUUUCAGUGGAAAAUCAAGGUAGUUUUUAUAUCAAUGAAACUCUUGGUCAAUUUAAUACUGGGUUAUUGAAAAUAAUGUAUGUUCUGGUGAGAUUAUGGAAGGACACUGGCAGUUAAUUUGAUAGCAGCUUAUGUCUUCAGUGCACUUCAGGAGUAUUAAUAAAUCCCACUUAACUAAAGGGUUAUGAUUCUCAUGAGACUAGUACAUGCCAUGGAAGUACUGAACAAGCACUGAAGGUAGCAGGGGGUUUUCUGUGAAAUAUUAAUAAGGAAGUGUGACCUAAAAUAUUGUCAUGGCUGUGAUACACUUGCUACUGCUACAGUCAGGAAAUGGCUACUGUAAAGCAUGAUUCUCCCCACUCCAAGUUAAAGGCAAAUAUUGUUUACCUUGGAAAAAUCAGCCAAACCUAGCAAGGAACAAUGUCAUACUGGAAUUGCUGGAGUGAGUUUGUUGAAUGAUGUUUGAUUUUGUGAAUCAUCAAUAAAGAUGUACACUGGGUUGUUUUAUAA